CCCUGGCUGCCGCUUCCGGUUCUGCUCUUUUCCCCACGAGAAACUGCAAACGGCCUCGCAGCGGUAAUGACAACAUCCCGAACCGGAACAACGAGUCGGGACGCGCGGCUCGUUUCUCCGUAGAUAUCAAGUCCUCGUCGUAACCGUUAGAAAGUCGGUGAGCGGCGUCGGUAGCGGCGAGAGAGAGAGAGAGAGAGAGUGGAUCAGGCCGAGCGGCGCAGUCUGUGUCGGUGGAGUCAAAAUGGCGUCUGUUUGCCCACUCAACGCUCGUUUAAUCCGUCUGUGAUUCUCCCCGAUACUCAGAUUCAGCGACCGGGGACUGGUGCCGUUGUUUCACCGCUUCGAUUCACCGGAGCAGCCGGGGAAGCGUGCCCGGCGUCAUGUCGGACUCGGAGGAGGAAAGUCACGACAGGCAGCUUAAGUUUGUAGUGAUUGGAGACGGUGCUUGUGGGAAGACAUCACUCGCCACCAGGUUUGCACAGGAGGCCUUCGGGAAGCAAUACAAACAAACCAUCGGCCUUGAUUUCUUUCUGAAGAGAAUAAGCCUUCCAGGCAAUUUGAAUGUGACCCUGCAGGUGUGGGACAUUGGAGGCCAAACGUUAGGAGGGAAGAUGCUGGAUAAAUACGUAUACGGAGCUCAUGCAGUUCUCCUGGUGUACGACAUCACCAACUACCAGAGCUUUGAGAAUCUGGAGGAUUGGUUCAGCAUGGUGAAGAAGGCCAACGAGGAAUCUGACGUCCAGCCUGUUGUUUCCUUAGUGGGGAACAAAAUCGACCUGGAGCACAUGAGGACAGUGAAGGCUGACAAACACCAGCGCUUUUGCCAAGAGAACAGCCUCAUCAGUCAGUUUGUAUCAGCCAAAACGGGCGACUCGGUGAAUCUUUGUUUCCAGAGGGUGGCUGCUGAGAUUCUUGGUGUAAAGCUAAACAAAGCAGAAAUAGAGCAGUCCCAGAGGAUCGUGAAGGCUGAGCUGGUGGACUACCCACAGGACGAAGGCCCCAUUAGUCAAGAAAACACCCAGCAAAGCAAAAUAUGUUCUGUUCAGUAGCUUGAACGUGUGGUGAAGGCAGACAUUGUGAACUACAGUCAGGACACCGUGGCCAGGACAGUCAACCCCCCACGCAGCUCCAUGUGUGUGGUGCAGUGACAUCCCCCAACAACACACACACACACAACCACACACACACACACACACACACACACACACACACACACACACACACACACACACACUUAAAUAUCUAAAAUUCUUCAGUCAGUAUUCCUUAUUUCAGAGUUUCUGGAGAGUGUGUUCUCUGUAUUCCUGUGUGCCAGUUGUUCGGGGGAGAUGAAGAACAGACUGUGUGAUUUUGAGGCCUUGGCCUCUUGUUUGAAUAUUUAAAAAAGGCAAAGGGACCUAAUUUGUUUGUGUUUACACGCAGCUCUCGUUCCAUUUCUAUGAUUUUUAUAAAGACUCUUUAAGCAAUUACUUGAUUUAAGUGUUAGUAUGAAGCCGAUUGUUAAAGAGAGGAAGAAAUCUACUAUAAUCAUUCACUCUGGUAGUUGACAAUAUUUUUAUAUAUAUAUCAAACUCUACUGUUGCUACUAGGAGCAUGUUUCAAUGAUGAAAUAUAUAAAAUAAAAGCUAUAAAAAUACUAUCUGCACUUGUUUAAUCUGUCUCUGUCCCUACGACUGCAAAGUGAACGAAUGGGACACAGAGGAGGUGAAACCAAAUGUUUCCUUAAUGUCUGUGGUGCUCCUCAGGUGAACAGAAGGGAAGUAGUCGUUAGAAUCUCUUUACGUUGCCAAUUAGGGGCUGUGAUGUGAACCAUGUACUUUUAUUUUACAGAGAAAUCUUUCAGUUUUACAACCUCAAAUCAACAUUUACAUUUUAUAUUCUUUUGAUUUUGUUUCCGAAUCAUGUGUUUUGCUUCAGUAGCCUGUCCGUUCUCUAGAAGUUUGAUGUUUAAGUAUUUCAUAUUCACAGAUAGAGAACAGUUCAGACACUGAGUUGAUAAAGUGUUGAUGAAGAGAGAUGGAUAUGAUACAGGAACUAUACCAGAGUCCAGCUGAGCAUGAGCUGAAGUUAAAAGUAAACUUAGGUCGUAGCCUACUCAACUGUCCGUUAUAGAACAGAAGUUUGAUCUGAUGAAUGGUUAUGAAACAUUACAUGUUUAACUGGAUCUUCAUUUUGACCACGUUUCAUGAGCUUGUUUUACAGUUUGUGAAUUGUUAGUUUUGAUGUAGAUGUUGUCUGUUAAACUUGUUUGUCAAACUAUUGUCCACAUGACGGCGUGAUGGGAUUUCAUGUGUUGACCAACUUCAGAUUCAUCGGUCAUAUGAGCAACAUAAUGUUUGUACUGUAAAAACCUGUCUGCUCUGUUUCCAAGAUUAGAAAUCAUCACAUUUUAUGAAUUCUGAUCAUUUAAACAAAACGUUUGCUUUUGAAAUAUUAUGAAUGUACAUUUAGACGUUAAGUUGAUGUUAUACGGCAAAACAGCUUUGUGUUUCUGAAUAAAAAAUGCGACAUGGAAAA